UCUACUCAACUUCACGGAAAUACCGAUACCGAUUUGGAACAUACCCUGUAACUGUCAUUAGACAGUGUCAUAAUGUCACUAUCUCCUCUUAAAAUAUGAAUCACAAUUAUAAUCUUAUCGUUAUCAAUGUAAACUGCUUUUAGUCAUUACCACAUUAUCAAGACACCUGUUCUUUGGCCGUAAGCGAAAGGGUGAAGCUAAAUGAUUCACCAACUUCAUUCCCAAACAAACUAUAUUGUCUUCAAUGUUUGUGUCGUGUAGAAAAUAAUAACUUAUUCAUCAAUUAAUUAACUAACAAUGGAACAAAUUACUGUAGAUGGACAAGCAUACGAUAAUGCAUCUUUUUUAAUUGGACUAUCGUUGGCAGUAUCUUCUAGUUUGUUCAUCGGAUCCAGUUUUAUUAUUAAAAAAGUGGCAUUAAAAAAAAUAAGUGCAAGUGGAAACGUUAGAGCAUCAGCUGGCGGCUUUGCAUAUCUUAAGCAAUGGCUAUGGUGGUUAGGAUUUUUGACGAUGGGCCUUGGAGAAGCUGCCAAUCUACUGGCAUAUGCCUUUGCUCCGGCUGCACUUGUUACUCCACUUGGAGCACUCAGUGUGCUUGUGUCUGCAGUACUUGCAUCAAAGUUCCUGAAGGAGCACCUUAAUUUCAUUGGAAAGAUUGGGUGCUUCCUUUGCAUUGUAGGUUCAGUCCUAAUCGUCAUACACUCACCAAAGUCAGAAGAAGUGAAGAGCUUCAGGGAGUUAACUACUAAACUAAGCGACUAUCAGUUCUUGACCUAUAUGGCAACAAUUGUUUUCUUAUGUUUAAUAGUUAAAGUCAUAUUUGUGCCCCGGUAUGGCAACCAGAAUAUUGCUGUGUAUUUGCUGCUCUGCUCAGCUAUUGGCAGUUUAACGGUUGUGUUUUGUAAAGCAGUAGCAUUAGGGAUUAAAGAGACUAUUGGUGGUCAUUCCAAUAAUCUAACACAUUACAUGUUUUGGUUGUUAUUAGUAGCCUCCAUAAUUUGCAUAAUGAUCCAAAUGAAUUACCUAAAUAAGUCUUUAGACAUAUUUAAUACAAGUGUUGUGAGUCCAGUAUAUUAUGUGAUGUUUACAGUAUUAGUUAUUAUUGCAUCAGGGAUCCUGUUCAGAGAAUGGGAGAACAUGGCUAUCAUAGACAUUCUAGGUUGCCUGUGCGGCUUCCUAGUUGUGAUGACAGCAAUAUUCAUGUUGAACACUUUCAAAGAUGUUCAAAUAACAUUCCGAGAUUUAAAUUUUAAUGCAAGAAGACGACAAAGUACUUUAGAUGUAGAAUCUAAUAGUAACUUUCUGAAUACUCUUCGUAAUGGCAGACCAGCAUGACAAAGGUUAUUAUAAAAGACUUAGCUGUCAUAAAUAACUUAAGUAUAAUAUUGCCAUAAUAUUUGAUGCCUCCUUAUAAUUAUU